ACAAAUAUGAGAAGUGCUUCCUACUGCAUAUCUGGAAUGCCAGAACGCAAACCAGUUGUUGGGUUAUCAUGGCAACCACAGUUGCCUAUUCCAUCAUCAUUAAAAGCCACUGAUGGGUCUCAUACCAAACCUCAAACUGAGGCAUCAAGCAGCACUGUUAGGAAAUCCAGUUCAGAGCUGGUUGAUGGCCUUUUUGUCCCUCCAAAUGAUCCCAAAAAAUUAAACAAGUUACUGAGAAAGCAAGCUAAAGAUACUGCUGGGAAAAAUUGGUUCAAUAUGCCAGCCCAAACCAUCACCCCUGAGUUGACGAAAGAUUUGAAGUUAUUAAAGUUGAGGGCUGCCCUCGAUCCAAAGCGGCACUACAAGAAAGGUGAUUCCAAAUCGAAGACACUUCCCAAAUAUUUCCAGGUUGGGACAGUUGUAGAUUCUCCGUUGGACUUUUUCUCAGGCAGAUUAACAAAGAAGAAGAGGAAAGCAAGGCUUGCAGAUGAGCUGCUUUCUGAUCAAAACCUUGCAGCCUAUAGAAAGCGGAAGGUUCGAGAAAUUGAAGAACAAAAUCGACCAGCUGGGAAUGAAAAGUGGAAGAUUAAGGGUAGUAAUUCCCGUAGGCACAAAUUAUAAUGCUUUUUGCAGUCUAGAAUUAUUACAGGUUAUUUGAAAUACCUUAGCUGUAAAACCUAUUGAUGAUGCUAUGUGUUCUUCUAUCGUGUUUCAUAUUGUCA